AUGCUCUUUCCCCGCAUCCUCGGCGUGCUCGCCAGCACGCUGCCGCUCGCGUGGGCGGUCGACCUGACGGGCUACGAGUACGUCGUCGUCGGCUCCGGUGCUGGCGGCGGCCCGCUCGCAGCCAGGCUGGCCAUCGCCGGGCACAAGACGCUGCUCAUCGAAGCGGGCGACGACCAGGGCGCCAACGAGAACUACACGAUCCCGGCGUACAGCGCCAAGUCGUCCGAGGACGAGCUGCUGGCGUGGAACUUCUUCGUGCGCCACUACGCCGACGACGACCGCCAGGCUCGCGACUUCAAGACGACGUGGGCGACGCCCGACGGCGGCGAGUACACGGGCGUGGACCCGCCCGAGGGCUCGACGAUCAAGGGCACGCUGUACCCGCGGACGGGCACGCUGGGCGGGUGCACGGCGCACAACGCGCUGAUUGCCGUGUACCCGCACCAGUCCGACUUCGAGUACAUCUCGACGCUGACGGGCGACGCGUCGUGGGGCCCCGACUCGAUGCGGCAGUACUUCACGCGCAUGGAGAAGAACCAGUACCUGCUGCCGGGCCAGCCGGGCCACGGCUACGACGGCUGGCUGGCGACGGAGAACGCGCCGCUGAGCAUCGUGCUCGAGGACCCGCAGCUGCUGUCGCUGCUCACCGGCGGCGCCUUCGCCCUGGGCAACCUGACGGACAACCUCUUCAACAUCGGCACCCUGCUCGCCGGCGACGCCAACGCCGACACCGAGUCGCGCGACAAGGACCCGGCCUACUACCAGAUCCCGCUGUCGACCAACGACGCCCACCGCACCGGCUCGCGCGAGUUCGUCGUCGCCGUGCGCGACGCCACCAACCCCGACGGCUCCAAGCGCUACCCGCUCGACGUGCGCCUCAACGCCUUCGUCACCAAGGUCACCUUCGACCAGGACGUGUCGCCGCCGCGCGCCACCGGCGUCGAGUUCCUCGACGGCGCCCACCUGUACAGCGCCUCGCCCCGCUCCUCGGCCGCCAACAAGGGCACCCCCGGCACCGCCUCCGCCUCGCGCGAGGUCAUCGUCGCCGGCGGCGUCUACAACUCGCCCCAGCUGCUCAAGCUGUCCGGCGUCGGCCCCGCCGACGAGCUCAGCAAGUUCGGCAUCGACGUCAUCUCCGACCUGCCCGGCGUCGGCACCAACCUGCAGGACCACUACGAGAUCUCGGUCCAGGGCACCAUCGAGAACAACUUCACCGCCUUCGACGGCUGCACUUUCCGCCUCGACGACCCCAACGACCCGUGCGUCGACCGCUGGAACAACCCCGUGCUCGGCGACCGCGGCAUCUACUCGUCGUCGGGCCUGGCCGCCACCAUGUUCUACAAGUCGACCGCCACCGCCGACGACUCGUUCGACAUCUUCGCCUUCGGCGGGCCCGUCAACUUCCGCGGCUACUUCCCCGACUACUCGUACAACGCCACCAUCAACCACAACUGGUUCACCUGGGCCAUCCUCAAGGCCCACCCGCGCAACACGGCCGGCACCGUCACCCUGCGCUCCGCCGACCCGCUCGACAUGCCCGACAUCGUCUUCAACUACUUCGACACGGGCAGCGGCGACGCGAGCAAGGACCUGCAGGCCCUGUACGAGGCCGUCGAGCUCGCCCGCGACGCCUUCGACCGCCAGCUCGUCCCCGUCACCGAGACCCUGCCCGGCCCCGACGUCCAGACCCAGGAGCAGAUCGAGCAGUACGCAAAGGACGUCGCCUGGGGCCACCACGCCUCGUCGACGUGCCCCAUCGGCGCCGACGGCGACGAGAUGGCCGUGCUCGACUCAAAGUUCCAGGUCCGCGGCGUCCAGGGCCUGCGCGUCGUCGACGCCUCCGUCUACCCCCGCAUCCCCGGCACCUUCACCGCCGUGUCCACCUACAUGGUCGCCGAGAAGGCCGCCGACGACAUCAUCGCCGCUGCCAAGGCCAACUCGACGACUACCGCGUCGUCUGCUAAGUUCAGGCUGCGCGCUUGA